GCCAAACCUAAAAUCUCCACACAACAUACUGUGCCCAUAGAUAGAACACGAAUUGAUCUGGAGAUGGCGAGAGAUAGCUGUUUGGCUCGUGUAACUGCCGGAGUUGCCGUCGGCGGCGCUGUCGGCGGCGCUGUUGGUGCUGUCUAUGGAACAUACGAGGCAAUUAGAUACAAGGUCCCGGGACUUAUGAAAAUCAGAUACAUAGGGCAAACGACUCUCGGCAGCGCAGCUAUUUUCGGGCUCUUCCUCGGGACUGGCAGCUUGAUACACUGUGGAAAAUCUUACUGAUUAUCCUCUUUUGCUUUGUGAAACAUAGUAUUAGAGUUUGUGUUCCAUAUAGUCUUAUUGGGUAGAGAGAUCUGCCUGGUGGGAGUGAUCUUUGUUUCUAUAGGAUGUUUUUUUUUUUGUCUAUAAAGAUUCUUGAAUGGAUGAAUUUUCCAGUUUUUUAUUCUAUUUGAUAGGAUUUUUGUUUUGGAUCAA